UUAAGGCUAACUUUCCCAAGAACGACAUGCUCUUCUAUUCUAGGAAACAACCAAAAGAACAAGAGGCUGCUGAAGACAAAACUUCUCUGCCAAUGUCUGCACACGGUGAUGUGUGCAGGCAUCUAUUAGGAGAGAAAGAAAAUCUGUGAAGUUUGAACAAGCAGCCUUCCCAAGAUGUACCGAAUAUCUCAAGUGAUGUCAACACCAGUGGCAAGUAAAUGUUCUUCCAGGUCUCAGAUUGAACGAGCUGGAGAGCUGUCUUCCACAUGCAUUUUCCCAAGUUUUGCCUGUGAUUUCCUGGAUGGGGAUGUGUCCUUUGACUGCUGCUCCAUAGACUCCCUGACAGGACUUGCCUGUCGCCGAAGUCCCAGACUGCUCACCAAUGGCUACUAUCUUUGGACGGAAGAUAGUUUCCUCUGCGACAAAGAUGGCAAUAUAACUCUGAGUCCACCCCAGACCAGUGUUACAUACAAGGAGAACUUAGUUAGAAUAUUUAGAAAGAAAAAGAGAAUCCGCCGUUCCUUUUCUUCUUUCUUCAACCUCAGUGCCUCUAAAUCCUGGCUGCAUGGAAGUAUCUUUGAUGAUGUUGACUUUUCCCCAAAUGAGGACAUCUCGUUGGAGGGAGUCAGCAGGUUGGACACGCACCAUUGCAAUGAAAAUGGAGGAGAUUUUGACUGCUCUCUGACAGACGACCGAGAGUCAGAGAAGCCAAACGCAGAAUCUGUCAAAGCCUCCUCUUCGGGCCAUGUCACAUCUCAGACUCCCAGAAAUCACUCUCAUGAUGUAUCCCUUCAGCCGCAGUGGAUGGCUUCUGAAUAUCUCCCAGGGAACAUUUUGGAUCAUUCAAAAACCAGUUUGUUGGGAGAGGUCUCCUUUCCAACAAUUCUGCUUACUGUUUGUUUGGUCCUUUCUGCAUGUGCAAGAUGGUGUCUGGGAGGAAUGUUAGCCAGUGUCUUCACAUGCUCCUUGAUGAUAACUAUUGCUUAUCUUGUCAAGUCACUGUGUCUCAGCCUUGCCAGCUACUUCAAAGCCACCGCCUGUGCUCGUUCGCUAAAAUUUGACAAGCAUCAAGAGUGUCUCUGAUGAAUGUCUUCAAUCUCAAUAUCCGGAAAUUGUCCCAUUUGCAGCCUGCUUGGAACAACUGCUUUACUGGAAGGGAGUGAACGACUGGAUACUUGAGAAACACAUUUUAAUUUGUUUCUGUGAUUUCUUAAAAAAAAACAAAAAAUCCAAUUUUUGCACUUCUAAUUAUAAUAUGCUCAUAAAAACGACAUUAAUUCAUCUUUCCUUUGCAAACAUUAGCAGUUGAAAGGGAAAGGACUGUGAAAUGUGAUAGAGAACAAACCACCUGGGUAAAUGUUGCCAGAUCAUUCCUUAAGGCAGUGGUUCUCACACAUGAAUCUUCAUUAGAGAAUUAUAUGGGGGCAGAUUCCUAGGCCUACCGACAUGGAACUAUCCUUUGCUAAACUGCUUUAAUUGAAUGAUGAAAGCAAAUUAUAUAUAUCUCUAUCUCU